AUGCGCAUGUCUGAUUGCAACAGCACCCUGGCAUACUUCAUACAGGGCUACUCCGGCAACCCUAUGAGUCCUUUUGACGUGCAGUUUGACCCAGCAUCGGACACUCUAAUAUCAAGCUUCCUCUGGGGAGUGUCUCUUGUUCGACCAUUCUCCUGGCUAAGUCAGCCUGAUCUGCUUGCGCAGGUGCAGGUGGCAUUGGUCCACUAUAAAUUGCUGGACAGAGGUGAUCUGCACAUUGACGGGACCAUUGCUCAAGUGCGCGACUCCAUUUUGAUCCAGUCAAGAGUGUGUCAAGCCCUGCACGAGGGCACAGAUCAAGAUAUCACCUACUCUCACCUCGUCUUGAUUGACCUGCAACACCAUCGUCUGGAUCCCUUGUGGCAAAAAAAUCAAAGCCACUUUUUUGAAGACGUGCGACUUUGGCAUCUGGAAUCAAGAUCGGAAAUAGGGGAAGAGGUGAACGAUCCAUCUCAUCCUGGUUUCGUAACGGAUGGGGAGCAGCCUUGGGACGUCGUCGAUAGAGUACGAGACAUGUACAUGGAUGCGACCACGAUCUACGUUUGGCGCGCAAAGACUGGCUUGCACUACAUCGACUUUGGCAUUGCAGCCAAAAUCGCGAGUAACAUCGCCUCUGCUGCCCCUCCAGAAGACCAGGAGUGA